ACCACCAUGGGUACCUCCUAGUGAUACAAAUAUGUCAUUCGAUAUUUGGGGUCCUGUUACCCAGAAUGAAAUUGAUUCAUUCAAUAGUUUUCUAGGACAGCCUUCUAGAAUACCCACAACUGCGCUGAAUAAUACAAUAGCGGAUGGGUACGCUGGUCAAGAUGUAGAAGCUUUAGGUUUAAUGUAUGAAGUUACCCAAAACCCUCAAAUACUUGAUAUAAUGAUAACUUAUUCUGAUACUUUUUUGUCACUUCGAAAUAAUCCAAUAAACAGACGAAUUAUGUGGACAGGACAAAGAGAACUUGUCUGGUGCACAAAAUCUGUUAAUGAAACUAUAUCUGGUUACGCCGGUUCCGAAGGUCUUGAUACA